AUGAGGGGUUUUUCAAAGGGAUCUCAUGUUCAUGUUAUAUUCUUUCCCAGCAUGGCAAUAGGGAAUUGUCGGUCUGAAACUUUGUAUAGUACUUUGACAGAUCAAGCUGUCUUCUAUGGAGAUUUCAUGCCACUGCUGUUAGAGAAUGUUUGUUAUUUGUCUAUUAAUGUUGGAAGCUUUCGUGAUAUGCUAGUCCCAGGAAUGGUCUCCACUUUUCAAGGAAUGUGUAAUUUGAGUACUUUGGAAAUAAUGUCUGACCCAGAAUUCUUUGAACCUAAAACUGAUUGUUCUGGGUUUAAUAUGGGAUAUUGGAGAUUGCAAAACAUUUAUUUUAUUCAUCAACUUAUGGAAGUGACCAUAGAGCUUUCCAUUGGAUCUAAUGGAAUUCAGUUUGCAAAAUAUGUGCUCGAGCAUUCUCAGAAUUUGAAGAAAAUGACAGUUUUUCUUGCACCUCAGCAGUCGAAAGCUGUAAGGAAGAUAACAAAAAGCAAGAUUGCUUCCAGUGCCAAACUUGACUUUUUGGAGGAUAGAGAAAGAGGUUGA